AUGGCUUUUUCUCGUGCGGAACGGAAACAACUGCUGCGAGACAGGGAACUGCUCCCGCCACUGGCGGAGAGUCCCUUUGGUCCCUUUCCGCCCUGUCAUGGCUCAAGAAGCGAGGCCAAGGUCUUCAAGGGCUCGGUUGUUGUGCCCACCGCCUCCAAAAAGGCGUCGGCGACAGGUGAAAAGCGCGCAGGCGGUGUGGGAUGCAGAGGGGAUGAGGCAACGGAGGUGGAGAAUGUGCCGACGAAAGUUAUUUGCGUGGGCCGCACGGGAACGGGUGGUAUGACAUUCAGCACCUUCCAUGGGACCGGCAAGGCUUCCAGCUCUCAGAGCGACGGGCGCUUUGGCGAUCCAAAAGGCCCAGGGAAGGCGGGGGCCUUUAAGAAGCAGAAGAUCCCACCCACGGAUUUUCGCACACACUAUGAACGUGGGGAUCUCCCAUUGUCCAUUCAACAAGCCGCAACUCGUUCACUUUUGUGGCGAGUGAAUGUGGCUACGUUGGAUUACCAUUUCUUUUUGCCCAUCUUCUUUGAUGGACUUCGAGAACUUGAGGAGCCGUUUCGCUUUGUAGCCCUACAAGGGUGCUACGAUCUCCUUGAAAAGGGAGGGCAGAAAAUUCUUCCGACCAUCCCUCAGCUUAUUGUGCCUAUUAAAACGGCACUCAACACACGCCAUCCAACAGUCAUUGUCAACGUUUUGAAAGUCCUUCAGAAGCUCGUUUUGAGCGCAGACAACGUUGGAGCAGCUCUUGUCCCGUAUUACAGGCAGAUUCUCCCCAUUUUCAACCUUUUCAAGGACCGAAAUAAGAACUUAGGUGACCACAUCGAGUUCUCACAGAACAAGAAGCAAAACAUCAGCGACCUUAUAAAUGAGACGCUUAAUUUGCUGGAGUGGUACGGUGGUGAGGACGCCUAUAUCAAUAUCAAAUACAUGAUUCCGACGUACGAGUCUGGAGUCGUGUAA